ACAAUCAGCCUAUGUGUAGUAAAACACAGUGUCGGACAUUUUGGCGGAUAGGCGCGUAGACGCACACGGCAGGCCCGGUGCUGGUUGGUUGAAACCUGCUGCCUGUUACCCGGAUGUAGCAGUGGGGAAACUACGUCAUUGUUCACCGCCGGACGCUCUAUGGAUAUUAUAAUGGACGAACAUAACUAGAUAAUUAUUAAUAAAAUCACAGCUGGACGUUUGGGAGUGCAAGGUUUCGCUAAUGUCGACAUUCCCUCUGCGUUUCCUGCAAGUCACGUGGUGCUCCAGUAGCAGAGUACACGGUGUCUGUCUGCAGCAGCAGCGCGCGCUCAAAACAUGCACGUAGCCCUGGUCUCAGGAAACGAACGAAUGAACGAUGACUAUAGUUGACAACACUUCAGAGAAAUCUGACUUUGAGUCAGCGCAGUGCAACCGCUCCAGCUCCCUGACUCCUGUCUCUUCCGGAGGCGUGGAAGACGGCAAUUCUAGCUGGAGUGUUGAUUCUUCAACAGCUGAGCUUUCCAGGACCAUGGCUACCUGUGUGGCUCCCAGCCUCGAAGCUGCUGUGUAUGGAGGCAACACGGCACUUCCUGCUGAGAGGCCGAAUGAGCAAGUGACCAUGAGUUGUGGCGAUGGUAUCAACGUGCCCCAAAAGAUCCUGUUUCCAUCAGAGCGUAUCUGCUUGAAAUGGACCCAAGUCCAUCGUAUUGGAGCAGGUCUCCAGAACCUGGGCAACACAUGUUUUCUGAAUUCAGCUCUCCAGUGUCUUUCAUACACUGCACCUCUUGCCAACUAUCUGCUAUCCCGAGAGCAUUCCAAAACAUGUCAUGAGCCCGGAUUUUGCAUGCUGUGUACCAUGCAGAAUCACAUCAUCCAGGUGUUCGCUAAUUCGGGGAAUGCUAUUAAACCCCUUGGCGUGUUGCAUGAACUUAAAUGGAUUGCAAAGCAUUUCCGGUGUGGGAAUCAAGAGGAUGCCCACGAGUUCUUGCGGUAUACAGUCGAUGCUAUGCAAAAGUCCUGUCUGCCGUCCAAUAAAUUGGACAGGCAAACGCAGGCCACGACUUUGAUCCAUCAGAUAUUUGGAGGAUAUUUGAGGUCCAGAGUGAAGUGUCUGAACUGCAAGGCAGCAUCAGACACAUUUGAUCCCUAUUUGGACAUUGCACUGGACAUCAAGAAUGCCCCAAACAUUACUAAGGCGCUCGAGCAGUUUGUUAAGCCUGAACAGUUGGAUUGGGAGAAUGCCUAUAAGUGUGGCACGUGUAAGGAAAUGGUUCAAGCCACAAAACGAUUAAGUAUUCACCGCAACUCCAAUGUGCUAACCAUCUCUCUCAAGCGCUUUGCCAACUUCAACGGAGGCAAAAUCUCCAAGGAUGUGAAGUACACAGAGUAUCUUGACUUGCGACCCUACAUGUCUCAGUCUCACGGAGAUCCACAGAUUUAUGGUCUAUAUGCUGUGCUGGUGCACUCAGGCUUUAGCUGCUAUGCUGGACACUACUACUGCUAUGUAAAGGCAAGUAAUGGCCAGUGGUAUCAGAUGAAUGAUUCAUCAGUGACUCCCACUGAUAUACGAUCUGUGCUGAACCAACAAGCAUACCUUCUGUUCUACAUCAAGCAAGGGUCUACCGACCUGAAAAAUGGAGAAAUAAACCAGAACGGUUUUACUCCAGGUCAUUCAUCCCCUCGACCAGCUGUGAUACCGAAGCUAAAUGGGCAUUCGUAUAGCUCCUCGUCAAUAAUCGAUCCACAGCUCCAUUCUCACGUGUUAAAGAAAAACUUGUAUAUCAAUGGUAACGGUUCCUCAAAGGAGCAUCACAUUGGCUCAAAGCCCAGCAGCAGCAACAUCAGUGGAGUGAACAAAUCCACCUCCAGUUUGUCUUACUCUUCCUCGUCGUCCACUUCUCAUCAACCCGUCCACCCCAGUGGCAUCCCAGAGCCGCAUAAGAGGCCCAAGAUGAGCUUUACUGUUGGCUAUGGAAAGGUGGUGCGGUGCUCAUCAACCCCUGGUGUCUCCUCAUCGUCAGCCAGCUAUUCUAACCCACAGUCCUCGUCCUCAUCCUCUACCUCAAAAUUCCAGUGCAAAAAGCAGGUCAAUGGCACAUCCUCAUGUCACAGCGCAACUCUUCUGGUUCCCUAUGAUGAGGAAUCAUCUGAGGACUCAGACAAGGAGAGCAGAGUCUUGGACAAUGGUACUGCUAAGACUUAUAGUGUUGCCAAGGCAACCAGUGGUAACAAUGGCACGCACAGCCUAAUUUCUCAUAGUUCUAGCUCUGUCUCACCUGAGACAAAUGGAUCUAACAGCUUGUCACAGUCUCACACGGGUGCGAAUGGGUCAGGGCAUGGCCUCCUGAAUGGCCAUCACAAAGUCAACGGAUUCACACAUUCUGACAAGGCAUCAGACAGUACCGACUCUGAAUCUUCCAUAAGCGACACUAACAGUUUGGACUCCCAGAGUGUAUUAAGCUCCAAGCCCGAGAGCCUCCUCUCCUCAUCAGCCUCGACAGAACAAGCUAAUUCACUCACUCAGCACAUUUCACACCCGGCUCCCACACCUACACCUGGUGCAGACACCCAGACACUGGCUAAGCCAGCAGAAGUAACAACACCUGGUAUUCAGGCAACCUUAACAGAGGCAUCGAGUCAAGUGAAGACUACGACAGAGUCCACACUGAGCAAUCACAGCCUCACCAAGCAAGUGAAUGACGAACCCCCAUUACCAAACGGACCUAAGAUGAAGGCGGAGACCGUGAACGGCUCAAACGGCAAAGAAGACAUAAAAAUACGUCAGUCAGACAAACCCAGCUCUUGGGAAAGACAAAGAUCAAAUGAGCACCAAGAGCAUGACCGAGAUUUAAAACAGGCACAUGGGUCUACUACCACAAAGGACAGAGAUAGAGACUAUAAGAACCAUCGGAACUACAGAGAGUUCAAUGCCAGGAGCAAAGAACGUUCUAGGUACGGUCACCGGCCAGAGAGGGAACAUUAUCCACGCAAGGAGCGUUCCCGCAGUCGCCACAGAGAUAAAUCACCAACUCGACACUGGAACAGCUAUGUGUACCACCGGCGUGACCAUCACUACAAAAGAGGCAGAGAGGAAUGGCCGCGGGAGAGGGAACAUGACCGGAGAUACCAGACCUCACACCGUUCUUCAAGUAACUAUUAUAAAGAGCCAGGCUGGCACCGCACACGCGAUGACAGUCGUGACAGGUGGCCCUACAAUGGCGAGCAGAGCAGCAAUAGAGCAAAACCCCAAUCGCCACGUUCCAUCAGCCCCUCACCCCGGCGUGGCACCAGACAACGCAGUUUAUCAGGUGAAGACAGCACAUCGGAAGAGUGCAGGGUGAAGAAAUACAAAAAAUCUAAAAAGAAAAAUAAAGAUAAGCACAGGAGUUCUGAAAGGGAAGUGUCUGACAAGCAUGGGGACAGCAGCUCAAGUCGACACAAAAAGAAUAAAAAAAAGAAGAGGAGGCAUGACGAGGAGGAUGACAGACAUCACAGAGAAAGGCGGUCCACCCUCAGCUCAGACAAACAUGAUUGCAAAGGCAGGAAUGGCGAGGAGAGGAGGAGCCAUAAGCGUCAGUGCAGCUCCGAUCGAGGCGUUUCUCCUCACCACGCCAAGCGGCCAUGCACUGAGCACCAGCUCAGUAGCCAGUCAGAUAAUGGCAUAAACCAUUACAGUGGAUAUGUCCAAGGAUUCUGUCAUAAAGAAAUUGAUGCACAGGACAAAUAUAGAGACCUGAACCAUACUUCUUCAAAUAACAGCAGGAAGAUAGUCUUAUGUGGAGGAGAACCUGCCAUGACGGGCCCUCUGCCAUACAGAUUGAAUUUUGGAGGCCUGCCCCACACCUAAGGUAUCGGAGGACAAGGAAAAACUACACUUUCUAAAUAUUGUAAAGGUGUAACAUGGAAUGUUUUUUUUUUUUUUUUUUCUACUCAAAAUCUAAGAUUUAAAAUUCAUUGAUCAAAGUUGGUUAUAUGACAAUAGUUGGAGAAGAAAUGGUGGAAGAUCUUACGGUUCUGGCCGAGCUUGAAGUGGUGAAUUCUUUUCUUACUAGAACAUCCUCUGUGGAGAAGUCGUGGCCUGUAGGUCUCGAGUGUUCUUAUGAUCGCUGAAAUUCCAGGAACCUGGCGCACAAGGUCCUCACCAUUUCUCUGACGUACUUGGUCUUACAGUUAACUCUGGGUGCCAUGUUUCCGGGAACACACAGAUGGGAAACAUCCUCUGCGAUCACAGAGCUAGUGGCCACAACUUCUCCACAAAGGAUGUAAAAGUUCUAGUGAGAGAAGAAAGCGACUUACCAAGAAGAAUCAGCGAGGCCAUAAAGAUCUGUCGCUGCAAGUCUGACCUGAACCGUGAAUGAGGUCAAAAUCUUUCUCCAGUUCUUCUCCAACUGCUGUCAUAUAAACAACUCCAGUCAGGUGACAAUUUGUGUUGAAAAUGGUCAUGAGAAGACGUUCAAAUCUAAGUACAUUUCAAAUUUUGAGUAGAGGUUUCAGAUUUUGAGUGGAAAGAAACAUUGCAUGUGAAGGGUUAAUCCAGUCUUGGUCUCUUCUAUUUGGACAUUGUAAAGGUGCUUUAUUCAGAGAAGACAUACUGUAUUUUUCUUGCAACAAAAAUGCUUUAAAAAUUUUUUUAGGAUUAAGGAUUUUUUUUACCAUGCUGUACAGCUGAACUUUGAAAAAAAUCUCAAUGAAAAAUGUACAAAAAAAAGAAUAUUAAUUAAUAUAUAUACACUUACACCGGAAUAAGAAGCCUGGAGCUUUAACAUCACAAUUGCUGCUCAGACAUAGACUCAGGACUUUCUCACUUGUGAAGAUGAUACACAUUCUCCCUUUAAGGACAUCUACCUGGGAAUGAUGAAAAAGUGAACUAAAAUGCUGCAUAAAAGUGGAAAGACUGUUUCCCGGCUGCAAGCUAUGAUGUCACCGUUUUCACGUUUCUGUUUAAAAUCUCAACGGGACAGAUUUUUUUUUUAGUGCUUUGUGCGCACUUAUACACAGUUAACCUGGACACACUUGACAUUUUCUUGCCUACUUCCCCAUUUUUUUUGUAAUUUCUUUUAAACUUGAGAUCUGCAGAAUCCAUCUAAUGGCAUUAUACCGACUUUCACAAUUUCCUUCAAAAAUAUACAUUGCAUUAUAUAAUGUAUGGCUGUGGAUUAUUUUGUGUGUAUGUUUUUAACCUUUAUUUUCCUUUUAAAAAUACUGUGAAUUUAAGUUCAACUGUACUAUCAGUUAUUUGUUUGCAAUCCUGUAUCAGGAGUUCAGUAUCAACACUUCUUUUAGAAAAACCACUCAGCAUAAUGUAGGCCAUGUUCUAAAAUAUUUCCCUUCUUUGACAGAAAAAAAAAAAAGUAAAAAUGGUUAUAUUCAAAUCCUACAUUUACUGUAGCAUGUCAAAAAAAUCUAUGUUGUGCAUUCUAUAUUAAUCGAGAGGGAAUAGGCCUUAAUGUCUACAAUUGUAAUAUUUUCUCAGUAUGUUUACAGAUUUUUGUUGGAAUGAAUGGACAUGUAUGUGAGGGUUGGUUGAGUGUUUGGCUUUGUACAGGGUGAGCUCUAUUCUCACCUUUUGGAUA